ACGCGUUCGGCGGUUUCUUUUCGGAUCAAGACGUGGAGUUGAAUGCGACCGCACGAUGUUUGCGCAGCGGUCUCCGCAAGUCCGUCCAAUUUAAUUUUCAUCGUCGCAUCGUGUUACGUUUAGACGCGCAGGCACAAAUACAUUUGUCCGAGAGACGCAACUGAUCGCGUGUGACUUGCCGCAAAUAUGUGUGUGUGUAUGUGUGUGUAUGUGUGUGCGCGUAUAAUGUUCACUUCGUUCGUCAGCUGAGAGCGAGAGUCCAAUGUCGAAGUGUGCAUAAAUACAAUUUCGAACGAGUGUGAUCGCGAUAAUUUUGCGACUAACGCGUAUAGUGAUUUCUUAUACUUUCGAGUGUCACGAUGUCAAUCGUAUCCUGCAGCGAUGGCGCGCGCACACGGCCACGAUUUGUCGAGAGAUCGCAUAUUUUUAGGUUACAUGAAAAUGCGAAGGUGCACGCCGUAUUUGUAAAUUAAUCACGGAGCAUGUUCAACGAAUGUAUUCAUUUCGGAGUCAUUAGAGUCGACUUUUCGGUGUGACACUGUGAAUUUCCUUUGAUAGUCAGAUCUCCUCUUAAACAAUGGGAGUAUACGGCUUGUGGAGACUGUUGGACGCGUCCGGGAAACCGGUGGUGUUGGAGAGCCUCGAGGGCAAGGUCCUCGCGAUUGACAUAUCGAUAUGGAUAUACCAGGUGUUGCAAGGAUAUCAGACACAACACGGCACUCCCAAGCCCAAUGCUCAUCUACUUGGAUUGUUCACCAGGAUCUGCAAACUCUUGUACUACAGGGUCAAACCUGUCUUUGUCUUUGAUGGCGGUGUGCCGAUGCUUAAGAAGAAUACAAUUGCCUCACGCAGGAAGCAGAAAUCUAUUGCCACGAGUAAGGCGCAGAAGAUGAAGGCAGAUUUGAUAAACAACUUGAUAAAACAUAGCGUGGUGAAAACCGUUCUCAAUAAAGAUUCCAAGGUGGAUCAGAGUGAUGGAGCGACGCAAAUAACGAUAAAUUUGCAAACUAAACGCGCGGAGCCAGAUAUGUUCGCCUUGCCCGAUCUACCUAGCACCAGCAGCGAUCUGCAGACUUACGUCAGCGACGAGGAGUGCGAUUCUGAUGUGUCCGUGGAGCUGAGUCCGCGGAAGCAGUCUAAAUGGAUGGGAAAUAUACACAAUGUUGAUGUAACCACCAGCGAGUUUAAGGCAUUGCCCGCGGACGUUCGUUAUGACAUAUUGACUGACCUGCGGGAAACCAGGAAGCAAAAUUCCUGGGGCCGUUUGCACGAGAUGCCUGAAGAGUCACAGGAGUUCUCAGGCUUUCAGAUGAAACGUUUGCUAAAACGCAGAUACGUGCAAGAGUCUUUGGAAACCGCCGAGAAGGAAAUGGGCGGGAAAACGUUGACAUUGGAGGAGUUGAAUAAAUUGUUAACCGAGCAAGGAGUCGACACGAGUGGCAGAGACGCAGCGUUUCGGAUCGCCGCGGAUGAUACAACCAGAUUAAUCUACAUCAGCGAUAAGAAUGCAUUAGUGAAAAGUUCCGUUGAUAACGAAGCAGAGACGGACAAAAAUGAUUCGCCGCAGAAUAAAAACGAAGAAAUUGAACCAGUUGCCGGCCCAAGUAAUCCCACGCCGAUCGUAGAAAACAUAAAUGAAUACGAGUUAAAUGAUGAUUCCGAUGAUGACGUUGUACCAAUUUAUGAUGAUCCUCCACCUAUCGUAGAAGAUGUCAAUGAAUAUACAUUUGACAGCGACUGGGAGUCUGGAACAAACGAAUAUGACGUAAACGAGUCACAGCCUGUGGAUAAAAAAUACUUUGGCAAAAACAUGAGGAAUCCCGCGUUGACAUACAUGUUGGAGCACAGCGGCUUGACUCAGAAUCAAAUAAUGCACCUUAUUAAUCAUAACAACGACGAAAGUCAUAAAGAAACAAGUAAGAAUACGAAAACGCUCGAGAAGGAUACUCGCUCAGAUUUAGCAGAAAGUAAACAUUCGACGGACAAUAAACCGGUAUCAGUUGUCGAAAAUUGCGAGGAUCGUUUGAAAGUCGUGGAAUUGCAGGACACGCAAAACACAUGCUUGGCCAAAGAUAAUUCGAAAAUCAUCGAGUUGAUUCCGUCCAGUCCGGAGUCAGAUAAUUUUAUCGAAGUUGAACCUUUCAAAGAUAAUGUUGAAACGUCGGAAUUUACCGCGGCAUCUCACGCCACAAACUCAAAUAAUGGAAUAAUACCUGAGAAGCAUUCUGCUGCAAAGUCCGAUGAUGUAAUGCAAGUAGAUACGUCGGAUUCCGGCUCCGAUGAUUUCAUAGAAAUCCACGACGUCCCGAUACCUGACGUAGAUAUCUCACGAAGCAGCGGGAGGAGAGACAAUAUUGAAAUAACUAUCAAAUCCGACGAAAAACUGGAUAACGACAUGUUUGCUGAUAUAUUUGAAAAAACGGAAGAUCGAAAUGAAGUUAUGUCGACAGAUUGCACGAAACAGAUUAAGUCCAUCGAUACGAACGAUGAACAUCAAAUAGUAUUAGUUCCCGAAGACAGAAAUAAUGUGAAAAAACUGAACACUAUACCCGAAGAAGAACCGGUCAUUAAGAAAACAAAUAUCGAAUUUCCAGAGAAUACUCAGUCAAUUGAGAAUGUAUUGAACGAUGAGAGUAAAGUGCACGAUUCUCAGAAUCCUGACAAAGUAAUGGAUCAAAAUAAUAUGAAUAGUGAAAUUGAUUUGUCCAAUGAACGUGUACAAGAAAAGCCAGUAGUAUUACCUACGAAUGAGGAAGGUUGGGUAGAAUUAAAGGGUCAGUUAGAAGACGAGCAGGAGGAACUCACGAGGAACAUUGGCAAAUUUGAAAGGCAAGCCACCAAUAUUUCUGAGCAAGUUCAAAUCGAGGCGCAGGAAUUGUUACGUUUAUUUGGAAUUCCUUAUGUAGUGGCUCCUAUGGAAGCGGAGGCGCAGUGCGCGUAUCUGGAGCAAAUUAAACUAACCAACGGCACAAUUACGGAUGACUCCGACAUUUGGUUGUUUGGAGGUCAAUGUGUGUACAAGAACUUCUUCAACAAUAGCAAAAGGGUACAGCAAUUCCAUGCCUGUGAUAUCCAGCAUCAUUUUAAACUUACGCGCAAUCAGAUGAUACAAUUAGCUCUCCUGGUUGGCAGUGAUUACACUACAGGAGUGGCUGGCAUCGGACCUGUCACCGCGCUAGAAAUAUUAGCCGCGUUUCCCGCGGAAGGGGACAACGUACUGCAUGGGUUACAUAAUUUCUGCUCGUGGAUAAAAAAGGGAAGGAUUGCGGCUCCUGGGAAAACAGGGUUACGCAAUAAAUUGCGAAACGUGAAAUUGGACAAAGAUUUCCCAAGUCAAGCGGUCGUUCAAGCGUAUCUUUUUCCCACGAUCGAUGAGUCAAAGGAAACUUUUACCUGGGGCAAACCGAACGCGGUGCUUCUUUGUGAUUACACUCGACAGAAAUUCGGGUGGACAAAGGGCAAAUUCGAUGACACGAUGAUACCGGUAUUGAGGAGAAUGGAGGAAAGAAAAAGUCAAAAAAUAUUAGAUUUAUAUUUCAAAGCGAUGAUAUCUCCAAAGUCUAUUGAACCGAAUCUAAGUAAAAGAGUUCAAAAGGCUCUGCAUAGGUUGAAUAGCGAAGGCAAUGCAGGUGAAAAAGAUUCGGAUGGCGAGACGCAAAUUAAGAAAAAUAAGAAAAGCAAUACCGGUCGGAAACCAAAGAGAAAAGAGAAGACACCCGAUGUACCAGCUUGCGAGUCUGAAGCACCUAUCGAAGCAGACUAUACUCUUGAUACGUCUGCUACACCCGUUGUUCACGAUAGAAAUACGAAAGAAUAUAUACCACAACGAGAGAAAGACAAAGCAUCCGCAUUGCAAAAUAAAUUGCACGCUAUAGAAAUAUAUAGAAGGUCGAAACGAGGCUUAGUCAAAACAAAAAAAGUAAAACGUACAAUAAGGAAAGUCAAAAAGGAAGCAGAGUUGUCAGAAAGCGAUAGCAAUUAGAUUUGAAUAAUUGAACCUAAAAUAAAAAUAGAAAUUUCACAUAAUAUUCGCUAUAAAUU